CUUACUCAGGGUAUCAUUACCCUCACACAGGCGUAAUCAAUGGGCUGAUGUUGAUAGACUCAUGGUUACACUUCUUGUGCAAGAACAUUGUUGUACGAGACAAUGACGAUAGCAUUUUCGAUGCUCUUCGUUCCACAUUCGAUGUCCACCAUCCAACUUCAGGCCAGAUUCAUCCAAGCUGGAUUCAGGGAGGCUUUUUCAUGAAAUGGAAGAAAACUGGUGGAAACAUAACUCUGAUCUGUUUUGGAUCAUUCCCCAAGCUCGAAGAACGACUUCAACGAUUCAUCGAAAACACAGAUAAUGUGCAGACAGCUCUAUACGACCCCUAUACCUUGUAUGCCAUAAUUUUGGACGAGCUACAUCUCAAAAUGGACAGUAUCGUGUGGGAACUGGUCUCAAUAUACAACCGGACGGAGUCGGUAAGUACAGAGCUCUACCUAAUAAUUGAACUAACAUGAGCAGCAAAUCUUUGAGUUUGCUAGUGCUCAGCAGAAACUAUCCAGCAGAGGGUAUGACGUGGAUUUCGUCCGU